AUCAACCUUCCUUGAAUUUUAAAGGGAGGUAACUCCCAUAAACCACGUUUUGCACGAACACAAUGGCGGCUCUUUGUAAUGUCCGAAAUAAAAUAUUUCAACCACUCUUCAGCCAAGUACGUCACAGAAAAAGUUUUGAUGUGCGCAAGCCUCCUCCUCCAUCCUUGAUACAUCGUUUAAUAAACGAAGUAACUGCACCACUUGAAGUCUAUAGACGAAUACCUAUGGCUGAUCAGUGUUAUAUUGGAAAACUCGCCCAAUAUACUUCCAGCAAACAGCUGAACAGAUAUGAAGAGUUUAUGUUAGAACAGAUCAGGAAAAGACUGAAAUCAACGCGGUUACUCCUGAUUUAUCAGUAUUUACCCAUAACAGUUGCAGAGAAGAAAAACAUGCAAUACCAGCUCUCCACUCAAGGCUUCAGAUUAUUUCAUGCCAACACUAAACUUAUGAAGACAGCACUGGCUGAAACUCGAUGGGCAAAUCUUUGUCAGAACAUCUCUCAGUUUACCUGCUAUAUAUCAAGUGAAUCUCUAAAAGUCAGUGAUUUAUUGAAAUGUACCCACACUAUGCCAAAAUUAAUAUUACUUGGUGGUGCUAUAGAAAACCAUUUAUUAACUCGUGACGGAGUUGUAGCAUUCUCUAAAUUAUCAUUAGAAAAUGUCCAAAGCGAGUUGGUGGGUUUGCUGGCAUCCAACAGUGCAACUGCUUCCAGUCUACUUGAUCAUCACCAGAGACAGCUUGUAGCAAAUCUAAAACAGUUAUCAAUACAAGACUCUCAAGACUAAAUCAUAAACAUUAAUUUAUUGUCAUCAGUUAUUAAUUACUGUUUUUGGAAUUGCAUCAGUUUUAAGAAAAAAGAACAAAAUUCAUUUGAAAACAA